GUCUAUUUUACGAACCCCUCCGCAGCGCUGAUCAGCUGAGUCCGCUCCAGGGCCCUCCUCCUUAAAGAUGGCGUCCAUCACCUGCUCCAUGCUAGUUAGAUCAGCUCGUUUCUUUCAUACCACUCCAUCCUUUAGAGCGCCCCCCAUUUGGCUCUUCACUCAAACAGGAACAUUUGUAGUUGCAUUCAGUGCCAGGGCAGCUAGAGAAGUAUGGAAACGACUACCAGAAGCCAGGAAGGUGAAGAUAAAAGCUUCACUGAAGAGACAGAGAAAAUACUUUUACGGAGCUGGAAGCCUCUUCCUGGCAGGAGGAGGAGUAUACUAUUUCACUCAUUUGGAGUUUGUUCCUCUCACUAAGAGAUAUCGCUUUAUGAUGUACUCCAGAGAUGAUAGGUGUCAGUUAUUGAAGCAGGAAAUGGGGACAGUGGGGCCUGACAAUGCUCUGAACCUUAAAACAUUAAAUUUUAUAGGAGACCAUAAGGUACUACCAGCCAGCCACCAGUACUAUACCAAUAUUGUCUUCCCACUCGUUAGGCAGAUAGUAACACACAACUCCUGGUGUGAGGGGAUCACUGAUAUAGACUGGAGGAUAACCAUAGUUGAUAAUCCAGAGUCAAAGAACAUAGCGAGCUUACCCACUGGUGAUAUCAUUAUAUAUUCUGGAAUGCUAAAUGCCUGUCAUAAUAUAGAUGAAGCUAGUUUAAUGCUCAGCCACGAAAUGGCUCACAUUAUUCUUAAUCAUGCAGCUGAGGACUCCAGUUACUCUCAUCUAGUCUCUAUGCUUAAACUGGUUUGUAUUGCUGCUAUAUGGUUCUUCAUUCCAAGUGUCUUAGUAUCAUUCUUCACUCAUGUAGUCUUCAAUAAAACUAAAAUAUUGUCCAGCUAUUACUUCAGGCGUAAGCGUGAGAUAGAAGCUGAUCAGGUAGGGCUACUGUUAGCAUCAAAGGCUUGCUUCAAUCCUGAGAGAGCCAUUAAACUUUGGAAGCACUUACCUAAGUCUGAUGUAUCUGCACUAUCUGACACUGUGAAGGAAUAUUUUCGGGUCCAUCCAUGCAAUGAGAGGAGGUUCAUGAUACUGCAGUCACUUCUACCUCAAGCUGAGGAGCUGCACAGUUCUGGUCAGUGUGAGUCACAGAUCAAGAAAGAAAUGGAAGCAUUUUCUGCAUCCUUUGCAAAGUUAAUCAAACGCAAUAUUAUUUACACUAAUAAGUUUGGGUCGCAUUUUUAAUUCUUACUGUGCACAUAUACAUGUAGCACAAGUAUUUACAUGUACGUGUAGAUUGUAUCUAAGUUACUAGACAUUUAGGGGCAGGCAUGAACUAUCGAUUGUAAAAUAAAAUCUUUAAAAAAUGAUUCUAAUCUAGUUCCAAAGAGAAGAAAAACAUUCAUCCCUCUCGUUUCAAGACCAUUACUUGUAUUAUUUAUUUCCUGUUGUCUUGUGACAAGAGUGCUUGUGAUCAUAAUCAUUUUCAGCAACACUGUGUUUAUUUAUAUAACAUUUAAUACUGAAUAAUAAUAUUAUUAGUUAUUACAAAAGAUGAUAAUGUUAAACAUGUAACU